UCCACCACGCUUUUCCUAAUGCAUGCUUUUCAGGAUCAUUUGAAUCAUUCGUUUACCUGUGAAUUUGUAGAAAUAUCGGCUGAAAAUAAUAUUCUUGUCAGUCAUUUUGUGGUAAGAACGGAAUGGCUAAAUGCUGGCAUGUAUUACCCGGUGCCGUUGCAGCAUUACACCAGCAAGUAUGUGGUUCCCGUGGCGCCGUUCUAUAUGGAUUGUCAGCUAUCGCUUGUAGCUAGAGACGGCGAACAGAACAAUAUAUUGGUACAGGACACGGUCAUCCCAGCACAAUGGACAUCCAUACCUUCGUCUCCCUACGUUGUUACCACAGUUACCGUGACCAAUACAGAAGUUCUCAGGGUGACGGACAUUUCCGGAGCGACGUUCGGAGGUCAUCUGACAUGCUUUAAUCCUCACACAACUGCUGCCACAGUUCUGCUUCCAAAAGAUAUCAGUUUUACUGCUAAUCUUGUUUUGAAUCUGUUUUCUGCUGCUUUUGUUUUAUCUGACGAUCACGCUAACAAAUCCUAUCUGUUUUAGUCCGGCUAUGGCAUCAUUCCGUCUCUA